AUGGAAGGAGGAGGCAAUUUAGAUGAGCAAAUAGAGCAAUUGCUGAAUGUAGAGAAGAAGAUGAGGACCGCUGGUGACGUGGCAGGAACCAAGAAAGCAGCCACUGACAUUCUUGAGCUCUGCUUCAAAGCAGGUGCUUGGAAGACCCUCAAUGACCAGAUUGUUGUCUUAUCAAAACGCCGUGGUCAGCUAAAGCAGGCUGUAACUGCAAUGGUCCAGCAAGCAAUGCAAUAUAUUGAUCAGACACCAGAUCUUGAACUCAUAUAUGUUGAAAUUGAGAGGGCACGUCUAAUAAAAAGACUUGCAAAGAUUAAGGAAGAGCAAGGGCUUAUUGCUGAAGCUGCUGAUUUGAUGCAAGAAAUUGCGGUGGAAACAUUUGGUGCUAUGGCAAAAACUGAGAAGAUUGCUUUCAUUCUUGAACAAGUUCGUUUGUGUUUAGACCGUCAAGAUUAUGUUCGUGCUCAGAUACUAUCAAGGAAAAUUAGUCCAAGAGUUUUUGAUAUUGAUCCUGCAAAAGAAAAGAAAAAACCUAAAGAAGGUGACAAUAUUGUGGAAGAAGCUCCUGCUGAUAUUCCAUCACUCUUGGAGUUGAAGCGGAUCUACUAUGAGUUAAUGAUACGGUAUUAUUUUCAUAACAACGAUUACCUUGAGAUUUGCCGUUGCUAUAAGGCGAUAUAUGAUAUUCCUUCUGUCAGGGAGAAUCCAGCCCAGUGGAUACCGGUCUUGAGGAAGAUCUGUUGGUACUUGGUUCUGGCGCCAUACGAUCCAAUGCAGUCAAGUCUUCUCAAUUCCACCCUGGAGGAUAAGAAUCUUACUGAGAUUCCAUAUUUUAAGUUGCUGUUGAAACAGGUGGUAACUAUGGAGGUCAUACAAUGGACAUCCCUUUGGAACACAUACAAGGCUGAGUUUGAGAGUGAGAAGAGCAUGCUUGGGGGCUCUUUGGGUGACAAAGCAGCGGAAGAUCUAAGGCAGAGAAUAAUUGAACACAACAUUCUUGUUGUUUCAAAGUACUACUCAAGGAUAACCUUGAAGAGACUUGCAGAGCUUUUGUGUCUGAGUGUCCAGGAAGCUGAGAAGCAUCUGUCAGAUAUGGUUGUGUCCAAGGCACUGGUAGCGAAGAUUGACCGGCCAAUAGGAAUAGUCUGUUUUCAAACUGCAAAGGAUAGCAACAAUGUUCUUAAUUCGUGGGCUACAAACUUGGAGAAAUUGCUUGAUCUUGUUGAGAAGAGCUGCCACCAAAUACACAAAGAAACCAUGGUUCACAAGGCUGCUCUGAAGGUUUGA